GCGGCGGCAGCGGCGGCGGCGGCGGCGCACGUGGGAGCGCUGCUCCGCGCGGACGUCACAGCAUGUCGCUCGACGGGACGGUCGCGGACGAGCGCGGGCCGAGCGACGAGUGUCUCGUACCGUGCCUGUCGAGCACAUUUGUCCGCAAAAAGCGCGAGUCGCGCGCACUCGCAAUCGCGACGUUCGCUCGUUAGCGCGUCGGACAGACGCGGCAUGCCGUCGGUCGUCGCGCGAUCGACCGCCCCCCCCUCGGUCGGUCUUGGUCGUCGUCCGAGUCGCUCUCCGCGCGGUUGGCGCGCGCGAACGCUCGGCCGGCUCGAUUGACAAUCACGCUAGCGGCUUCGGCGGCCGGCCGAAGCGCGAGUGCCGCGAGUGCGUGCCUGCGAUCGGGGUGUCCUGCCGAGAGGAGCGAUCAGGAGAGAGCGAUCAUGUGCUGCGACGCUCGGUGACACCGGUCGCGGUCGUGCUAUGCGGCGCUACCGUUAGUGGUAUACGUAGCCGAGGCAGAGAGCAGAGCCACCACCGCGGGCCGGCUAUCACCACGUGGUGGACAUCCCCGAGCGUGUACUCGGGCGGUUUUGGCAAGAACAAGAGGAAACAAAGACCGGAAGGCUGGAUCACCUCCGUGGAAUGUCUUCGGGCGCCAAGCGACUGGUGCAGUCGCUUAGGGGCCGAACCGGCGGUAGAGGCGCCGGCGGCGGUCGAUCCGAUGCCGGGGACGACAGCGGCGUCGGCGGCGGCGGGGCCAGCACCAGUGCGACCCGGUUGUGCCACUACGACAGCGGACACGAACUCGACGAGAUCUCGGUGAUCGGGGCUGCCGUGAGGAACGAAGGCCUGACGACGCCCACCACCCCGUGCCACUGCAGGUCUCUCAAGUACGGCAGCGGACAGACGCUUUGCAGCAUCACCGGAUUGGUCCCGCCCGCACCCGCCGCACCCGCGCACAGGACACAGUCCGGCGUCAUCACAUCGGCCGGCGGUGGCGGUGUGAGGCAUCGUCUGAGCGGCGGCUCCGCGUCCGCCCUGAGCUGCGGGGGUGAGAAGCACCGGGACGGCAGGACCGGAAGGACCGGCGAUGGCAGAACCGGUGGCGGUAGGGAAAAGGAGGAUGACACCAAGAGCGCGGAGAACGUGUCCAGGGGGGUUAUACCCUCGAGGCAGAGUCUCUUGGAUCUCGUCAGCGGUAAAUUCAUGGGCCGACACACACCCACGCAUCACUACUACCAGCAACAUCAGCAGCAGGUGUAUUCUGUUUCGCAGCGUUACUUCAGCUCGUCGCGCGAUUCGCUUCACGAUACGUACGUGAAUCGGAGAGCGAGCGAGCUUGAUCUGUGCCGCAAGCCGAAGAGGAGGGAUCACCUUAGGGGCAGAUUCAAGCUGCCGUAUGCAGUUGCGCUUACGCCGUCGCGCGAGCAGUCGCACCUGCACACACCGGCGUCGGUCAAUCAUCUCAGCAACAGCAGCUGCAACGGCACCGAGACGAGGUAUACGGCGCAGCAGCAACAGCAGCAACGCGGUAGUAGAGGCUAUCCCGGACAACCAGGAUCGAGGGGUUUCCGCACGGGCGCGCCGAACUGGUCCUUCAUCUUCGAUCCUGCGGGACGUCUCUGUUACUAUUGGUCAAUGGUGGUUUCCCUUGCCUUUCUUUAUAACUUCUGGGUGAUCAUCUAUAGGUUUGCCUUCCAGGAGAUCAACGGAGAGACCCGUUGGGUGUGGUUCUGCCUGGACUACUUCUCGGAUUUUUUAUACGUGCUCGACAUAAUAUUUCACAUUCGAACGGGAUACUUGGAAGACGGCGUGCUGCAAACCGACGCCACAAAACUGAGAAAUCAUUACACAAACAGCACCACGUUUUACAUAGACAUCCUGUGCCUGCUGCCCCUCGACUUUUUAUACUUAUCUAUAGGAUUUAACAGUAUGCUGCGAAGUUUUAGACUCGUAAAAAUUUACCGGUUUUGGGCGUUCAUGGACAGGACCGAGCGACACACAAACUACCCGAAUUUGUUUCGCUCCACCUCCUUGAUACAUUAUUUACUGGUGAUCUUUCACUGGAACGGGUGCCUCUAUCACAUUAUUUAUAAGAACAAUGGCUUCGGCAGUAAGAACUGGGUGUUCAGCGACUCCGAGACGGCGGACGUGGUGAAGCAGUACCUGCAGAGCUACUACUGGUGUACUCUCGCUCUAACGACCAUCGGUGAUCUGCCCAGGCCGAGAAGCAAGGGCGAGUACCUCUUUGUGAUUGGUCAGCUGUUCUUCGGUUUGCUGCUGUUCGCAACGGUGCUGGGGCAUGUCGCGAACAUCGUCACUUCCGUCAGCGCAGCGCGAAAGGAGUUUCAGGCGAAGCUGGAUGGCGUGAAGACGUACAUGAGGAUGAGGAGAGUGCCGACGCAUCUGCAGGUGAAGGUCAUCAAGUGGUUCGACUACCUGUGGUUGACGCAGAAGUGCUCCGACGAGGAGAAGGCAGUGAGUUGUCUUCCAGAUAAGCUGAAGGCGGAGAUCGCGAUAAACGUGCACCUGGACACGCUGAAGAGGGUCGAGAUCUUCCAGAACACGGAGGCCGGCUUCCUGUGCGAACUGGUGCUGCGACUACGGCCCGUUCUUUUCUCACCUGGCGACUACAUCUGUCGCAAAGGUGAGGUGGGAAAGGAGAUGUACAUAGUGAAUAGGGGCCGACUGCAAGUGGUGGCCGACAACGGGAAGACGGUGCUCGCCACCCUAAAGGCGGGUUCCUACUUCGGGGAGAUCAGCAUUCUCAAUAUGGGGACCGCAGGUAAAGAGUGCGGAUACGUACAAAGUCACCGGCACAGAGAACUGGAGAGAGAGAGAGAGAGAGAGAGAGAGAGAGAGAGAGAGAGAGAGAGAGAGAGAAAGAGAAAGAGAAAGAGAGACGACGCAAAAUGGACUGUCUUCCUUCGGAAGUACGUAUCCACUAUCGACACGUAUUGUCCGCUGCAACUUAUUAACACUAUAUGACACUGUAUAAUCACGUAAUUCGAGCCUCGACGCGCGAACAAUGGCGAAAGUCUCGCUCUGCCGAAAGAAACUACAGCAAACGUCUCGGUGCACAUUAUUACGAGGAUGCACCGUGGCGAAGAGGGUGCGAAACUCGCACGUCACCGUCCGUUCACGCGCGUUCUCGCGCGUGGGAAACUACUUUCGUACCUCGAUCUGGCCGAGAACGACAAUAUCGAGAUCUUGCGUUCAAAAACGCACAGCGAGGGCCGAUUCAUUGCGCGAGAUUGCGAAGCUCCAUUAUCUCGGUAUCCGUUUUGAAAAGACCGGUUUAGGGGUCGAGAAGGGCGCGUAAGUCCAAGAAGAGUCGCGCGAUUUCGUCCGAGCGCGACGAUUCUCAGACGCGAGAGCAAACCGCUGCAAAGUUGUCAUAAGCGUUCGCCCGUAAUGAGCUGCGCGGGGAAACGUCGCCGGCGAUUAUUCGACUUCCUCGGCGGCGAUAUAUAUAACGCGAGUUUCGCGCGAUGGGGCGAGAGAGAGAGAGAGAGAGAGAGAGAGAGAAAGAGAAAGAAAGAGUGUAGCGUGUAGCAAUUACAGUAAAGUAACGCAGACGCGGCGGGCGGCGGGAGCAGUAUAAUUUUCAAUCCGGUACAAAGAGUUUCUGUGUCGCUCUCAACUUAAUUAUUACAAUUUGUAUUACGACUCACGCGCAUUCACGGCAUACUAAUGAAGCAAAACUUCCGAACGUGGUAUUUAUCUUACGGCUCCCGGAAACACCCUUGGAAAUACAUAAAGUCCUCGCGUGCGCGCUCGACAGCCACAUCGCCGACUCCUCGGACUGCGCACGCGCGUCUGAAACAAUUAUACGCUACUCGUUAGCUCGUUAAUUACGCGGACCCGUUUACGACGACGUGUGAAAUCGUCGCGGGCGCCAAUUCAAGUCGCGGGACAAUGGCUGGCACUCGCGUCAUCGCCGCAUCAGGCACAAGCCACUUUAUUAGUGCCGGAUUUAUCAAGUACCGGGUGCGUUUAAUUGUUUCGCUUUCUUUUUUUUUUUUACAUCGAAGAUGUAAAAAACGCGGCCGCGCCACCGGCUUUCCUAUCCUGAAAGAUCGAAACCAAACGGGAAGAAACAAAAAUCGCGCUCCCUCGCCGCGCAAACAAACACGCGUAAAUGAGAGUCGCAGCGGCGGCGGCGGCGGCUAUUAAUUGGCGCUCGCGCCAUUAUCGUCCAUCAAUUCAUUAACGAACGCAAACGCCGGCCGGCCGAAGAAAAACGAGUCCGGUGUGCGACUUGGAGCGAACAAUUAACAUCGAAUCACCGAGUCGUGAACGGAGGCGAUUAAUCAAAAUUACACUCUGCUCUUAAUUAAUCAACAUUAGUCUCGCACUGCCCCGCGACGAAAUUACGCGCUCUCGCGAGUGCGAGGGGUCGUGAGGGGGGAGGGGGGAGAGCGAUCGCGCGCGUAAACGCGACGGUCGAGCUUCCGUACCGGAACCACAGGUGCAUCUGAAUGGGCGAGCGGCACGAGACGUAAGGCGAGGCUGUCGUAUGUAGUACGAUCGACCGUUGGAUCGAUCGCGUGCGGUUACAUAAGAAAGCUUGAUGCAUCCCGAUAACCAAUAAAUGGCUACAUCG